UUGGAUUAGAGAUGCUGACUCUACGUCGCAGGGCCCCCAGGAUCCUGCUCAUCCUUCUGGGCCCCUUGCUUUUGGCCGGGGGCCGGGCUGCGUUGGAAAGUCAAGAGCUGUACGACCUGGAGAAGGAACCGGCCUACUGGGAUGCUCAGGCCAUGGCGACGCUGGAUGCUGCGCUGAAGCUCCGCCCCCGGGAUCACCAGGCCAAGAACAUCAUCCUGUUCCUCGGUGACGGUAUGGGCGUGUCCACGGUGUCUGCAGCUCGGAUCCUGAGAGGUCAGAUGGAGGGCAGGUCCGGGGAGGAGACCAUGCUGGCUAUGGACACCUUCCCGUAUGUGGCCCUGUCAAAGACCUACAGCGUGGACAAACAGGUAGCAGACAGCGCUAGCACGGCUACAGCCUACCACUGUGGCGUGAAGGCCAACGCCAAGACCGUGGGGCUGAGCGCCAACGCCGUGGCCUACGAGUGCAACACCACCUUUGGGAACGAGGUCUACUCGGUGCUGCGGCGCGCUAAAGCUCAAGGUAAAUCUGUUGGAGUGGUAACCACCACCCGUGUCCAGCACGCCUCCCCGGCCGCUGCGUACGCCCACUCUGUCAGCCGCAGCUGGUACAGUGAUGCAGAUCUCCCCUCCAGCGCACGGCGACAGGGCUGCGUCGACAUCGCAACACAACUGGUCUCCAACGUUGAUAUUGAUGUGAUCCUAGGAGGAGGGAGGAUGUACAUGACACCUAAAGGCACCCCAGACCCCGAGUACCCUACCUCAAGCUCUCGCAAGGGAGACCGCAGGGACAAGAGGAACCUCAUUAACGUGUGGUUGAAGGCUAAACCGAAAAAGAAGUCUCACUACGUUUGGCACAGAAAAGAGUUCGAUGAGAUAAACGUGAAGACGACCGACCGGCUGAUGGGUCUCUUUGAGCCCAAAGACUGCCGCUACGAGCUGGAGCGUGAUCCCACCAUGGACCCCUCCCUGACUGAGAUGGUGGAGAAAGCAAUUAGAAUACUCAGCAGAAAUCCAAAGGGAUUUUUCCUCUUUGUUGAAGGCGGGAGAAUCGAUCACGCUCAUCAUGGAGGACAGGCUAAAAAAGCUCUCCAUGAGACAGUGGAGUUUGACCGGUCCAUCGGGCGAGCGGCUGAACUGACCAGUGAGCUGGACACUCUCUCAGUGGUCACUGCGGAUCACUCCCACGUCUUUGCUUUUGGAGGAGGCUCUGCCAGAGGAAACUCUGUUCUAGGUGUGUCUCGCUCGAUAGCUAAAGAUAACAAACGCUUCACCAUGGCUGUGUACGGGAACGGACCAGGAUACCAGAUUAAUGGAACCCGUCCUGAUGUGAAUGAAACCGUCUCAUCGGGGAAUGAUUACCUUCAGCAGGCUCCCGUCCCUCUGGACUCAGAGACUCACGGUAUAGAGGACGUAGCCAUCUUUGCUAAAGGCCCCAUGUCCCAUCUCUUCCACGGCGUCCAGGAGCAGAGCUACAUCGCCCACGUUAUGGCUUAUGCUUCCUGCCUGGAGCCUUACGAGGACUGCAAACUGCCCCCACCCAGCCACGCUGCAUCCAUCCACCCCAGCCUGCUGCUCCUCCUUCUGGGCCUCCUCCUCCUCUCCCUCUGCUCCGUCUAAGAUGACAGCCUCUGGGGGAUUCUUGUCCUGACCUUGGGAAAACUUGUGCUGUCUGACUUUUUUAGUUGAAAAAUAAUCACGCUUCAUGCUGUACUCCCUGUGAGGAAUGUGAGAGCUGUAUAGUUGCACAACUUUAAGAUCACUGCCAUUUGAAGUAAUUUCCUCUUAUUCUGAAAAGUGUUAUUAUCACUCCUAUGUUUAUUUAUGUGCUAAUAUGUUUGUGAUUUUUUGUAAAUAUUGUGAAUAAA